ACAGCAGCGGGGAGCUGGUGAGGAGGAGAGCCGAGGAUCCGUGUGGACCACAGCUUGCUGCUGCAGCGGCUGAGGGGGACGGACACACACAUACACACACACUCACACCGGGCACGGCCCCUCAAGACACACACCUCAUCGUUCUUUACAGCAUCAACACACACACACACACACAGUCAGUGCUGCUGCUGGGGGAGGAAACAGGAGCCGGUUUGCAGACGGUUUCAACAACCUGCUCAGGACCGACAGUGGCUGAAGUUAAAUCCUCAGAGACGUCUUCACCGUGUCGACCACCGUACCUGCUGUUAGGAUCUGGAGAAAAGGGUCUUCACCACGAUGCAUCCAACCACGGACAGAAACAGGAAGUGGCUGCCUGGCUUUGGAGCUAUGCUGUUGGUACUCUUGAGUCGAGUGACUUCAGCGCUAGAAGUGCCUCUUGAUCUGCCCCAGCCCCCCACUAUAACGCUACAGUCCCCGAAGGAUUACAUCUUUGAUCCGCGGGAGAACAUCGUCAUCCACUGUGAGGCCAAGGGGAAGCCGAGUCCCAGCUUCUCCUGGACGAGAAACGGCACACACUUCGACGUGGAGAAAGACUCCAAAGUCCUGAUCAAGCCCGGCUCAGGAACCCUCGUCAUUGACAUCAGCGGCGAAAAGGCGGAGGCUUACGAGGGAACCUAUCAGUGCACAGCCCAUAAUGAGCACGGCACGGCUGUAUCCAACAACAUCGUCAUCAGACAGUCCAGGUCCCCCCUGUGGUCGAAGGAGAGAAAUGAAGCCAUCACUGUGCAGAUGGGGGUCUCCGUGGUGCUGCAGUGCCGGCCCCCUGCUGGGCUGCCCCCUCCUGUCAUCUUCUGGAUGGAUAACAACUUUCAGAGGCUCCAGCUGGACAAGCGAGUGUCCCAGGCUCUGAAUGGGGAUUUGUACUUUUCCAACGUUCUCCAAGAAGACACCAGGAGCGACUACAUCUGCUACGCCCGCUUCCCCCACACGCAGACGAUCCAGCAGAAACAGCCCAUCUCCGUCACCGUGCUCAACAAUAGCCCACAGGGGGAGCGUCGUCCAGGGUUCAUGAUGCCUCCGGGCCCCACCAGUACCAAGAUGGUCCUGAGAGGAGAGACUCUGGAGCUGGAGUGCAUCGCCGAGGGCUUGCCCACUCCAGAGAUGUCGUGGCAGAAGGACGGAGCUGAGCUGUCAGACAGCAGGACGUCCUUUCAGAACUUCAAGAAAACGCUGAAGAUUUCCGACGUGAAUGAAGCAGACGGAGGCGACUACCGCUGUACAGCGGCAAACAACCUGGGAACUGUACACCACAUCAUCAAGGUCACUGUCAAAGCGGCUCCUUUCUGGGUCAGCGCUCCCAGGAACCUGGUCCUCGCCCCGAAUGAGACCGGCAUCCUGACCUGCCGUGUCAGUGGAGAACCCAAACCCAAAAUCAGCUGGUUUGUCAACGGAGUCCCCAUAGAAAAUGCUCCUGAGGACCACACUCGCAAGGUGGAGGACGACACCGUGAUCCUCAGCAAUGUGCAGUCAGGAUCCAGCGCCGUCUACCAGUGUAACGCAUCCAAUGAGUUCGGCUACCUGAUGGCCAAUGCUUUUGUCAGUGUUCUCGCUGAAGCACCGAGAGUACUCACUCCCCCCAACCGAGUGUACCAGGUCAUCACCAACAACCCUGCACUACUUCACUGUUCCUCCUUUGGCUCGCCAAUACCAACCAUCACAUGGUUUAAAGACAGUCAGACCAGCAUUAAAAAUGGUGACCCGUAUGUGAUCCAUGAGAACGGCACGCUGGAGAUCCACGUGGCCCAGCCGCUCGACAGCGGGAAGUACACCUGCAUUGCCACCAACAACCUGGGGAUCAAGGAGAACCACGUGUUCCUGGAGGUUAAAGUGUCAACUCGUAUCCUGAAGCAGCCGGAGUACAAGGUGGUGCAGAGAGGAAUGAGCGCCGUGUUCGAGUGUAAAGUCAAACACGACCCCUCCCUCAUUCCCACCAUGACCUGGCUCAAAGACAACGGAGAACUGCCAGAUGACGAGAGGUUUGAGGUGGACACAGACAGUCUGACCGUCAAACAUGUGACCGACGAAGACGAGGGCACCUACACCUGCAUCAUGAACACGACCCUGGACCGGGACUCUGCCAGUGCCAUGCUGACUGUCGUCGAAAAACCCGACGCUCCGACCGACCUGGAACUGACCGACCAGACGGACAGAAGUGUUCAGCUCACCUGGAUCCCUGGAGACGAUCACAACAGUCCCACACAGAAGUUUCUGAUCCAAUACGAGGAUCUGCUCCACCAGCCGGGACUGUGGAUCAACCUGACGGAGGUAGCGGGCACCGGCACAACAGCCCAGUUGAAGCUUUCCCCGUUCGUCUACUACUCUUUUAGGGUACUGGCUCAGAACCUCGUGGGCUACAGCGACCCCAGCCAGCCUUCGCGCCAAUAUAGGACCAACCCUGCAGCUCCUGAUGAAAAUCCAUCAGAUGUUCAGGGAGUAGGAACAGAGUCUGACAACCUGGUCAUCUCCUGGACACCACUGACUGGUUUCCAGUCCAAUGGGCCUGGUUUGGAGUACAAAGUGCUGUGGAGACAGAAGGACAUGGACGGGGAGUGGUCGUCGAAGAACGUGGCCAACGUCUCCCGUUUCGUCGUGACAGGAAUCCCAACGUUUGUGCCGUUUGAAAUUAAAGUUCAAGCGAUAAACGAUUACGGCAGCGGACCUGAGCCCGAAGCGUUGAUUGGGUACUCAGGAGAAGACAUGCCGCUGUCUGCUCCUGAGAGCGUGCAGGUCAUGGUUCACAACAGCACGCUAGCAGAAGUGCAUUGGGAGCCUGUAUCUCAUCCUUCAGUAAGAGGGAAACUACAGGGAUACAAGGUGUUCUAUCAGCGUGAGCGCGGCUUGCAUGAGACAGAGAAGACGACGGAUGAGGAGGAGCAGGUUCUGACGUUCAGCGGGAACCGUACCGAGGGGCGUCUGCCGGGCCUGCAGCCGUACAGCCUCUACAUACUCUUCAUCAGGGUCGUCAAUAGCAGGGGAGAGGGGCCUCAGAGUCCAAGCAAGACGUUUGAGACACCCGAGGGAGUCCCAGGUCCUCCUUCUUUUCUGAAAGUCCUGAACCCCAGUCUGGACUCUCUCACCCUGGAGUGGGGCCCACCAAUGAACAAUAACGGACGCCUCGCUGGAUUUACGCUGAAGUACCAACCAGUCAACACCACUAAUGAACUGGGACCAGUCAAGAUCGUGACGCUCCUGGCCAACGAGACCACGAUCACCCUGAGCAGCCUGAACUCCAGCAUGCUCUACAAGUUUUACUUAAGUGCAAAGACAAUCAAAGGCUCUGGCCCCUUCAUCACAGAAGAAGCCUUCACAGUCAUGGACACAGGUGAGUUCUCUGUAAUUAAACAUUCACCCGCUGUAGAAUCGGGCAAAGGUAACCCCCCCACAGAGCCCCCUCACCCAACUAUCCCCAUCACUCAGUCUGUGCCUCCCCCGUUUCACAAGGCGCCUCCUGUAGGCCCUGCGUUUGGCAAUGUUAACACGUCUGUAUCGGAGGAUGGUGCGGCCAUCAGUUGGGAAUACUUUGGACACCAUAAGAAUGUAUUUGUGGAAUAUAUUGUAGAAAACAGUAAAGAUGACUGGGAAAAGGAGUUGGUAAACAGUUCACACUCUCAUAUGAUAAAGGGUUUAAAGCCCGGGACGUCCUAUAGGGUGCGUGUGGUCGCUAGAGACCCGGCUGACCCGACGGUCCACAGCACAGACGAGGUGUUGGUUACGGUUCCAGCCGUGCCCAGCCGACAGGUCGACAUCGCCACCCAGGGCUGGUUUAUCGGACUCAUGUGUGCCAUCGCCCUCCUCAUCUUGGUCCUCCUCAUUGUGUGCUUCAUCAAGAGGAACAAAGGUGGAAAAUAUCCAGUGAAAGAGAAAGAAGACGCUCACCAAGACCCUGAGAUACAACCUAUGAAGGAGGACGAUGGGACAUUUGGAGAAUACAGUGACACAGAGGACCACAAGCCGCUGAAGGGCAGCCGGACGCCGUCCAACGGGACGGUGCGCCGUGACGAGAGCGACGACAGCCUGGUGGACUACGGGGAGGGCGGGGACGGACAGUUCAACGAGGACGGCUCCUUCAUCGGCCAAUACAGCGGCAAGAAAGAGAAAGACACGCACGAAGGCAACGAGAGCUCAGAGGCACCUUCGCCCGUCAACGCCAUGAACUCGUUUGUCUAAGGGAGGGGCCCCCUCCUGAUUGCGACAGUUGCUGCUGCCGCUCCUGGUCACCCUGGCAAAUGUAACCAUCCCUGUGGGGACAGGUGCUAAGGUGACGGUGGUGGUGGAAUUUUUACAAUGCUGACCCGCCCUCAUCUCCACACCUGAAAAUCCCUGUCACACUGUGACAUCCUCCGAUCAACACACACUCAGCAGAGACCAACACCACAUCCCCAAUGACCACUGGAGGUCGGCAUGAAGCGAAGGGAUGUGAGGAAAACAAGAAGAAGAGGAGGAGAGAGAGGAAGCAAUAUGGAAAAGCAGAAGGAAUGUACAAGAAAGAUAAUUACCACUCAGACUGAGCAGGAGUGUGGCCAAGUGUGUGUGUGUGCGUGUGGUAGUGCCAUUUAAUCUCCUUUACAAACACACUUAACUUGAUAAAUCCAAAUAUAUAUAUUUAAUCAAAUUUGCCACAGACAGGAAAAUAUGCAUCGACUCACAUUCACCAACAUGCAUGUCAGCAUUUUUACCUCGUCCUGUCACUUGAUGCACUUGUUGACUCUGUAUAAAGAUAAACGGCAUGACUGCUCCCUUAAAGUGAAGCCAAAGUGUCUCGAUCGCCAUCUGGUGGCCGGCUGCAGAAUAUGUCAUAAACCCCGCCUCCUCCACGUUCGUGGAUGGGACAUGAGCAAAACAAAAAAUUUGAAGUACACGUCAAAUACAUUUUUCUCAUACAUUUUUCUCUCCUUUUAGGUAGUUCUUAUCACACUGAUGUUUGUCCAAGCGCUCAUUUUGAGUUAUUUUAUGCUAUAAAAGACUGACUCGCAAAAAGUUUGUGCGCGUGGAUCAGUGGGACCUUGCGACCUAAGGUCCAUUCCGUAAUCCUAAAUCGGGAUAUCCAGGUUUCACUUCUGGAUUAUGGGAGGAGGCGGAGAUGAGUAAUAUACAGUUGAAGGUGCAAACCUACUAGUGACAGGAUUUUCUUUUUCAGUCAGAAAGUGUUAAUGGCAUCUGAUAUACAGAGAACUACUGGCAGCGGUGUAUUUGUGGACACUACAUCUCGCAGUAGAAGCUAGAAUGUCUUUUUGAGACGGAUGAAAUGUUUGUACAUAUGUAAUUGAAUAAGAAAAAAAGGUAUAUUUCGAGGUCAGGGACUUCCAUUUGCAGUCAUCGGAAAGCUGCUGUAGAAACACUUUGAACUCAGAGUCGGGUCACUCCUCACACCAGCCAGCCAAAACUCUCACACCGAUUUGACCUUUUUAUCCUCGGGAUUGCACUUUCUGCUUUUCUUCUCACCAAACCUACGUUUCCUGUUAGCCAGCUCUAAUGGAACAACAGCGCAGGUGCAGUUUAUUCAGUAUCGUCAAGUGCUUCCACCCCUGAAUCCUGGCCACUGUGCAAACCUGGGUUUAAGGCAAUCACGGUAUUGUCCAAAGCUGUUGUCCCCCGCUUUGUCUCCGAUAGCAUCUCUUCUACCAUAUCUGAUACAUGCACUGGCAGAAAAAAGAGAAAAAGCUUAUUGCAUGUUGAGGUUCACUGAGAGUACACAUGGUAGUUUCCAAGUAUUUAGAUGUUGAUGAUCAAGAACCUGUUAGCAUGGUUUCUAGUGCCUUUGUAGAGAACAAUGACUUGGAUCCAUAGCUAUACCCCUCUUCAUGCACAGUCCAUGAAUGCAACACAUCGAAAAAUACCACCCCACUUUACUGAGAUGGCAGUUGCAGAGUAUUCGAAGCGCUCACCGAAAGUAAGCUCCACAUUAUUAAGGCUAAUUUAUGUUCAACCUUAGAUACAGAUACGGACAGAGCUUUCUGUUCCCCGUAAAUUUUGUCCAUAUUUGUGCACGUCUUCUGAAAGCUUAUGGAGACGGAGGAAACAGACAAAUUGGAAGCCGUCGGGUGUCUAGCCAGUAGUUCAAGCGAGAUGGCCAUAGGACAUCAGGAAGGUUGUGGAGUGCAUAUCUUGCACACCCUUCACCUGAUUGUCUUCGCAUUUGGCAUGUCUAUUGUAAAUUGCCCAUGGAAGUGAAGUUCAGGGUUACCGCGCAAUUCUUUUUCUUUUCACCGUAGCGGACUGAGACAGAAGGGUUGACCUCCGUCAUGGCAACAACGUUCACAGAAUCAGCAUAUUGUAAAACUGUUUGACGACAACUCUGUAAUGAAGAGGAACUAUUCUGAAGUAGACUCUGGAGCAUUAACACAGGACAAGCUAGAAGGCAGAUUUAGAGCGGGCACCGCACUAGUGUCAUCAACGAUACUACUUCACCAAGGCCCAGGUACAAACUCUCUUAAGAGGUACAUUAUCGCAACCUCCUCCACCAUUGCCAUCUUUUCUUGUUGGAAACUCUUGCCUCUGGGCUGCCCUCUAGUGGCUGUAUUGCUUUAACAACCAUGCCAACGUAAAGGACGCAUGGAAGUAGGCCUACGUAGGCAGUGAUGGCUACAUCUCUUCUUGUAUGUAAAGGCAGCAUAAGUAAGCCUUAAAGGAAUAUUAAAUUUAAAGCCCUUUAUUUUGAGCAGUAUAGCCUCUUUGAGUCAUAUUAUGGGGUCCAGGGUUCCUAAACAGAGCUAAAACUGAUCUAACGGAAGAAUUAUUGACAACAUCUUUUUUCACAGGUACUUCUGAGGAACCAUUUUCAACUAAAGGUUGUUAUGGUCUCGUUGACAAUCAUGUUAGCCAGCAUUUGUCCGCCCAUUUGUGAAGCGCCCAACUCAUACUUAUAAUGAAGAAUUAAAGACUGAGCAAAUGUGCCGAAUAUUAAAACGCAGGCAGCCUGAGGUCACAUCACGGACGCCGAAUGAGAGGCCAUCACGCAUUAAUUUCAAACAUUCUCCUUUCAAACCCAGUCACCUUAAGAAGGAUGUGCAGCUGUGCUCAGCACCACUGCCAGCGCACUCACCAGGUAACUGCCAAUGGGAACCAGACUCAACUUUCUGGUACAGACUACUAUAAAAAAAAAUGGGACUCACUGUCACUGGUUGCACUUAGAGAAGAAGGGGUUGGGAAAAUGAAUUAAUGAUAACUGAAUGUGGAAACAAGUGUAUCUGUUUAUGUGAAUGAAAAUAUUGCUUGUUUCACUUCAAAUGGUAGACACACUGGUGACUUUGGUUUAUGCAUUUAACCUUAUAUCUGUGUAUGUCGUCACGAUCCGAGCGCAGCACUCAGUGAGUUUUAUAUUACUGUAAAAGAACGAAGCUUGUGUGUGAAUGUUUGGGUGAGCGAGUGUGUUUGUGUGUGUGUGUGUGCAGCACAUGCAUGCUACUAUGUUAAAGCGUGCGUCAUUAUAAUAUUGAUUUCUCAUUCCAUGAAUAAUUCUGACACGAGACGAGCAGUCUGUGCCCACUCAACAGGAGACACAAGACUCCCCUGCCCCCUGAGAACACUUCCAUGUCUUCAUUUUAUCAUAACUUGCAUCAAGUUUUUUGGUUGCAACGUGUCAGCUUUCCACAUGUAGAUAUUUUUGUUGUAUUCUGUGAAAAAUGGCUUGAAUUGAGCAUAGAUGUGUUGAUGUCAGAGGUGAGAGCUUGGCCUCAUGCAUUAGGGAUAAGGGAGGGUGAGAAAUGGUUUAGUGUGACAUGAGACCAUGCACUUACAGUUUUCACUCUUUUUCUUUCUUUUUAUUUGCCGUGAAAUUUUACUAUUUAUUUCUUAUUUUUAAACUUGUCAGGUGAAUUUGCUCAUUGUUUAGCUGUUCAGGUAUCAAAAGGAAAUUAUUUAACUUGUGACUGAGCUCUCGUGACACCUGUCCCGUUUCUGUCUCUGACCGUUCAUGCACCUUUUCUGUAUUAUUAUUUUUUUUUAUAUAAAAAAAGAAAAAAAGGCACACACUUAGACAGGAUUUAUCAUUUCAAACUAAUUCCUGCAUCUAAUUUAGGACAACAUCCAGUGUGUGAAAGCGGAAUGUUGGAAAGCUGUCGUCUUAAAUAAGACGUCUCCUGAAACUGACACAUCCUUUGUUAAGAGUGUACAAAAAAAACACAAGUGUAAUUUGGAGCAUUCUGAGCCGGCAUGGACAGAUAAUCAUACUGACACAACAGGGUGUGAAUAGUGACUGAACAUGCAGUAGGAUAUACAGUAUAUGAUAUGGUAUAAUAUGACAUUCUGGUUAAUGUUGAAGCUACAUGAAAAGCAUGAAAGGCUGUUAAAAUGGUUUACUCUACAGUAUAAUAUUGCAAAAUAUUUUGUAUUUUAAAUGAAGUAAAAAAAAAAAGAAAUAAAUGUUGGUUUCAGGAUUUCAAA